AUGGCCAACACUGCCACUAAAGGACCCACACUGGACCCAGCGUUUUGUCGAUGUUGUCGAUCUAUUAAGCGUUGUCGGCUUCUUACGACUGAAUAUGACUGGAAAGGUCGUAAAGAAAUCUAUUCAGAUAUGUUCAUGGAUGUUUUUGGACUACUACUUUCUCAUCUGGACGGUGAAAGCAAAGACAGUUGCAUUUGUGCUACCUGUGUUGGUCGGCUCCGAGAAGCGAAUGCGUUUAGGCAACAGGUCUUGAUGUGCGAGCAACUUUUUAUAAGCGCCCAGCUGCAAAAUAAGGAUGAAGCUGAACAAAUUGAGGUGGAAGUGAAACGGGAAACCCUGAGCAGCGAUGGGGAUGAUAAUGAUGAUUUGCCACUGGCCCUGUGCGACACAAAAAAUAAUUUUGCCAAGCAAGAAAAAGAAGAAGCCAAUGUGGAUAAUAGUGCGACGGAAAUUCUGCCUAAAGUGAUAAAGAAAAAUGUAAAGACGAAAAAAUUGUUAUCUAAAACUAAGAAGGUGCAACGGAUGACAAGUAAAUUGGAUAGAAUACUUGCUAAGCGAGUACCCGCUAAAAAGAAGGAUAUACAAACAGAUCAAGAUGAGCAGGACAUGGCCUACAAAAACACUAUAACUAUAGUGAAUAAUUCAUAUGUCUGUCCGUUCAGAAAUAGAAUAAGCAUAUACUAUUGUUACUACUGCCGCGAUCAGUUCACAAAUCCGGUAGAGCUACGUGAACACACCCUCUCGCACAAUCCCAAAGAACUCUUCCUACUGUCCAUGGAGAACAAAAAGGUUCCCAAGAUAGACAUCACUAGAAUCGAUUGUCGAUUGUGCGAUAAGAAAAUCGAUGAUCUGGACACAUUCAAGAAGCACAUCACUACCGUCCACAAAUUGACCCUGUUCCCUGUCAAAAAUGAGUUCUUAAAAUUCCGUUUGACGCUAAACAACCUGACGUGUACGGAGUGCGACAAUGUGUUUCCGUAUUUCGACUCCUUGAAGAAGCACAUGAUAGAUCACUUCGGCACGCACACCUGUGAUAUGUGCGGGGCGUGCUUUUUGGAACAAGCGUCGCUCCGCACUCAUAUAAACUCCCAUUUUAAGGUAGAAAUGAACUUUCCCUGUGAGGUUUGCGGCAAGAAUUUAAAAUCUAAGUAUAGUAAGCGUUUGCACAUAGCGACGGUACACGAAAAAAAACCUACCGUCAAUUGUUACAAGUGUGACGCUUGCUUCCUGUCGUACGCGCUUCGAAAUCGUCAUUUGAUCGAAGUGCACGGCGACAAUCGGACGUUCCCUUGCAAGCUGUGCGAUAAAGUGUACAAUAGGCGAAAGACAUUGAUGGAGCACCAUAGGAGGAACCAUUUGAAGGUGUUUAGACACCAGUGCGAUUUGUGCGACCAGCGUUUUUAUCUACCCUCGCGCUUAAAAGAGCACAUGGCGACUCAUACUGGGGAGAAGAACUUUAGAUGCGACUUUUGCGACAAAAGCUAUCCGAGGCUUCAAUCCUUGCAAGAGCAUGUCCGAUCACAUAGUACGGAGAGACGGUUCAAAUGCAACGUUUGCAACGCGAACUUCACUCAGAGCAGUAGCCUGAAAAGUCACAUGAAGAGUCACCAUCAAGACUUCGAAAUGGAGGGUAGUUUUACUUGA